AUGGAACCACCGUAUCCAUCUAACCUUGAACUAUACUCUGAUUUAUUCUUUUCCAAACUUUCAGGUGAUUGCAUCCAGAAAUCUUUAGACGAUAUCUCACAAAAUUCAGCCAUUCGAAAUGACGUUCCUUCACAACAAACAGGCUCAAAACAAAAGAAUUCUGAUACUGGAAAUACGUUGUCUAGCAAUGAAAGCACGUCUGUUGUCGAUGAAUUGAAAGAUGACGAAGAUACGUGUCUGCAAUCGCAAUUUGAAGAAAACGAAGGAAAUCUUACAAUAAUAUCACAAUUGAGCAAUGAUUCUACAGAUGUCAAGUUAUCGUGUAAAGGUCUUUAUAGAACUAGCAGCUCACUGGCGUAUAAUCGUAUUACAACUAAAAUUGCAUGUACAAAAGAAUCAAUAAAAAAAGAACAGACUGCCAGGGAUGCUAAUGUUAACGAGUACUUAAAACUUGCUGCUAGUGCUGAUAAACAGCAACUGCAAAGGAUAAAAGCUGUUUUCGAGAAAAAGAAUCAAAAAAGUGCGCAUAAUAUUUCGCAGCUCCAAAAAAAAUUAGAAUCCUAUAGCAAGCGAUACAAAGAUUUGCAAUUCCAUUAUAGUCAAAAACAACAAAAUCAACGUCAACCUAGGGAAAUGCUUCGAGACGUCGGCCAAGGACUACGAAAUGUAGGUGGAAAUAUACGAGAUGGCGUAACAGGACUUUCAGCAACCGUAAUGUCAAAACCCAGGGAAUUUGCUCAUCUAAUCAAAAACAAAUUUGGCAGUGCUGAUAACAUAAAUCAACUAACAUCAACCAACCAGGUUUGGAAUUGUCCCGAAGACUCUUCUGGAAGCGCUAAAGGUGUUGAACAUGGAGAAGGAAUUGGCCGGCAUCCAAAAGUCGGUCAUCCUUAGCACCUGCGCGAUUGUCCGACAAUUUCUCGGUCAGGACUGAAACAGCACGAGCAUACAGAUACGUGCAUUCCGCAGAGCCUAGUCCCCCUUUGGCAUUCAGAAGCGCGGGGGCAGGUGAAAAUUCUGGCUAGGUUCGCCUAGUUAAGAAGUGAGAUAAGUCUGCCAAAAAAAAAAUUUAGUUAUCUCAUCUCGAAUCGAUAGUAAAAUCCGCACCGCGGAACAUCCGCUCGCGGAUAAUCGAGGUUCUACUGUAUUUUAAUUUGUAUAUUUAUUUUGAUAUGCACUGGACAAAAAAAAAUAGAAAAACAAAGCACGAAUUCCGAAUUUUCAACUCAUUAUUUGUUCAAUGAUCACGUGUUGGAAUAUGUUACGAACGCGUUUUUAUCUGGGUGUGUGUAGAUUAGGGUGCCAAUGAAUGUAUGAGAAAAAAUCGACCCUAAAAUUCCAAAAAGUUACCCUAUACCUUUACCUCCCAAAAACACCCUAUGCCAAAUAUCAGCUCAAUCGAACCAAAGUUUGAGUUUUUUGAAAAUCCAAAAAUCACCCAAGAGGGGAGGAAAUAGGGGUUUUCGAAAAAAAAAUUGAUGCCAAAUGUCUUAAAAUUGCAUGAAACGUCGAAAUCUAUUGUUAUCUCGAAAAAAAUGUCAAAAAUCGACACUCUGUGACUCGGAGUACGAGACGAAACGUAUGAUUUUAUGUGCCAAUAAAAAUAAUCAUCUCGAUUUUUCAUUCGGAACUUGUUGCUUUGAUAUCUUGACAAAUCACAUCGACUAUGCAGAUAUAUUAGCGAAACUUCGCUUCAACACACCUCUUCGAGUGACGCGGCAAUCACAUUUUUUUCGCCGAACGAAUUAUCGCACAGUAUGAACAAUCCACUGGAUGUCUGCUACGAGUUCAACGAAGUGUCUGGCUUGUUUGACUUCGGUAUAUCAAAAAAUGUGUUUAGGCAUAGACUUAGUAGGUAAAAAAUAUAUGUACGAUUUUUAUGUCGAAGAUAAUAAAUAAAUAAAAGAAAUGUUCAUUUGCGCGAUAAUAUACCCUAUGCAAAAUAUUAGCUCAUUCAUUUAUUAGUGUGGCAGCGGUUAAAAUAUGAGUUUUUGAAAACCGAAAAAUCAACGGAUAUCCCUUAAUAUAAUCUACCCUUUGCAAAAUAUUAGCUUAUUCGAACUUCAUUUAUUAGUUUCACAGACGUAAAAAUUUGAGUUUUGUUCAAAAAACGAAAGAAAAACGAAACGAACGAAAAAUCGGGGUUUUCAAAAAUUUUUGUUGAUGCCAAAUGUAUUAAAAUUGCAUGGCACAUCGAGAUUUAUAGUUAACUUUUCAUAUGGAAAACGACCAAGUGCAAAAAAGUUUUUUAGUAAUGCAAAAAAAGAUAAUAGUAAUGCAAUUUAAAGACAUUUGGCAUAAAUUAUUUUUUUUUGAAAACCCCGAUUUUCGGUGAUCUUUCGUUUUUUGAAAAAAACUCAAAUUUUUACGUCUGUGAAACUAAUAAAUGAAGUUCGAAUAAGCUAAUAUUUUACAAAGGAUAUAUUAUCGUGCAAAUCAACAUUUCGCAAUUUUAUUGGUAUCCAAAACCAUACGUUUCGUUUCGUAUUCCAAAAAAAAAUGCAAAUCAACAUUUCGCAGCAAGUUCCGAAUGAAAAAUCGAGAUAACUAAUUUUAUUGGUAUCCAAAACCAUACGUUUCGUUUCGUAUUCCAGUCACAGUCCCAGAGUAUCGAUUUUUGACAACAAGAAAUUCGAAAACCCCGAAAACCCCGACUCCCCCCUUGGGGGAUUUUCCGAUUUUCAAAAAACUGCAACUUUUACUGCUCUGCGCCACUCUCCCUUAAGUCCGAUUGAGCUAAUAUUCGGCAUAGGGUGUUUUUUCGAGGUGGUGAACAAUUUUGAGGUACCUUUUGAAAUUAGAGAUGACCAUUUUCAUUGGCAUCCUAGUGUAGAUGUGGUGAACAAAAAUAUCACGAGGAAAUUAAAUAUCGAUCGUGGCAUCUUCAACGGUACGGCUUCCUCUCCACUGGCCUGGAGCCAUGGUCCGAGGACAUCCUUACCAUUUGGUCUAGCAAGCAAGCAGCAAUUGGAGAAAAACUAGUAUCUUUUAUUCAAUUUAUUUAAAAAUGUUUUAAUGCGUUCUUUCGACGUCAUUUCAAGGUCCAGUCUAUGUAGUCAUUUCACGUUAAUGUUUUAUGUACAUUUUAUGUAAGUUGUUGUACCUUGCGGCAAUAGUUACUGCCGUCACUACAGAGGCGAACCAGCCCAGGAGGCUGAAAGCCUCUCAAAUGAAGAAUUAAAAAAAGAGUGUGGGUUAUAUCUAUGAUAUAACCGCAAGGUUUACGUGGGACUACCUUAGCUUAGUAAUCAUUUGUUUGUAUUGUUUAAAUUUUUAAUUGAAUGAAACAAAUUCCGAAUUCAAUUGAAUUCAAUAUAUUUGCUUUGUGAGUAAAACGAUUAAACGAAUGCCAUGUAAGGUCAAUUCAUUCAUUGUGAUAGAUUAUGGUUCCGCGUUACAAGUAAAUUUAAUGACUGUCCUUUUACGUUUGGUAUGAUGCACAGGACUAACAAAAUAUGUGAACGGGCGAGCUAUCAAACGAUUAUUGUAUUUAACAUUUCCUUCUGAAGUUUGCAUCUCUAAAGUGUACGUACUUCUCGAACCGCGAAUUUGCUUGAUUUGAUAAACUUCAGACACUCAGUUUCGAUUUUGAUACGUACGUCGAACGCAUAUUGUUUAAUCAAUAGGCGUUAUCGCAGCAAAUGGUUAUCAACAUUUUGUCUAAUCAUCAAAUGGUAUGCGUAGAAAUAUGAAGGCAUGAUAUGAAGUGAUAUGACGGCAUAUCAUUCAAUGCAAUCUUGAAUAACCAAGCCAAAGCAUUGUGUUCGUACCCGCUUUCGUAAUCCGUGUUAGUGCAGAAGUACCCCUGGCUUGCAUGAAUCAACAGCUUCAACUUCUACUUUUUAUACUAUAGAGGCUUUAAACUUGAAAGAUCCUUCGCCUCUUUAGUGUCUGCACGAUUUUCCCAGGUUUCUAAGUUUAGAAGACCGUGUUAGGGAAACAUAUUCCAGUCGGCACAAGAAUGCGUCCUACUUGCAUGUAUUUGCAAUGCCAAUUUCCCCACGCUCCAUGGAUUUGAAGUCUGUGUUAGGGAAACACAUUUCAAUCGGAACAAAAAUACCCCCGACUUACAUGUAUUCGCAAUGCCGAUUUCCCCCAGGCACCUUGAUUUUGAACCCUCUGUUAGGGAACACAUUUUUUGUGCGAACAAAAGCUCCCCCUAUCUUCAUGCAUUUGCAAUGUCGAUUUCUCUAGCGCUGCUUGGUUUGGAUGUCUGUGUUGGGGAAACCGUCAAUCGAGCCAAUGAAAACGAGGCAGUUAGAGCGUUUAGAUAACGCUUAACAUUUUACAGUUAUUCAAUUGUUUAUCUAAUAAAAAAUAACAUUUUAUUAAUUGCGAUAGAUGUGUAGAAAUAUUCCCUUUCAAUUGAUGCAAAUAUGUUUCCGAUCCAGUAAGAAAUGCUCGAGUUUUAAGCAUUCGAAAUCAUUCAUUAUUAUCUGCGUAUUCUGUGUUUAGGUUUUCAUUUUACCCCCCAUAUAUUCCGGUUAGACGUAGUCCCACGUCAAAAAAAUCGAUCGUUUUUCAAACUUUUUUUAGACUAAGUCGGCGGUGACACUGGAUGCAGAAAAUUGGUCGUACGAAUUGUAUGCAAUAGUGAAAGUAAACAACCACAUUGAGUUGUAUAGGUGUGGUUACAUUGCUUCUCCCUUGCUUCGUUCGAAUUCGUCAGCUUCUAUCGAACAAAAUUGUUUGUUUCUAUUCGUACGAUCAAAUUUUCGUGCGUGCUAUCCAUAGUAACCUUAGCCUAACCCAGAAGGUAGAUUUUCGGCCAGAAAUUUUAUUGAGAUGACACCAGAUCAUGGCGUUUCAUGCAUUUUAAGUAAUUUGGCAUCGUAAAAAAAAUCGAGUUUCCAAAUUUCCUGUACCUGAUCUAGGAAAAUUUUCGAGGAUAAAAAAAUCGAUUGAGCGCUUUGAGGCAACGAUUGAGCUCGAACUGUCCAAAGUUAGAAGUAAAUAUAUUGUAAAUAAUAAAAAGUAAAUAAAUUGAAAGAAAUAUUUGUGGGUUCAUGAUCAUAAAAUAAUAUCUUAGACGAAUUUCACGCCAAUUCGACUGGCCGUUGACAGCACCAUCUCAGAUAGUAGUGAAACGUUGUGGGUGUAAAGACAUUGAAGGUGUAAAGGUCAUUGAAGCAACUUUGCAUAUUUGAAAUAUUCGAAAAACAAUCAGACAACUUUUUGGAAAAAACCAAGUUUUUUCUUAAAUUUUUACAAAAACAAUUUUUUUUUAUUUAAAUCGUUUAUUUUUACAGGCUCAGUUACAUAGGUUCAAAGGAGCCGAACUCCUUACUGUAUUGUUACUAGUAUAUAUACAUUUUUCCUUAAUUCUAAUGUUAAUAAUAUAGGAAACCGAUUACUCGCGGUCAACUCGAGUUUAGAAGGGUGACAUAUUUUCUUCAGAAAAGGAGGGGAUAUGAGGAUAUGUUGACAAUGAUCACACUCACACUCUCAAUCACACUCAUCACACUCAAUUCUUAAACCUAUCUUAUAUCUAAUAUGUAUUUACAUUUCAUCUUAUUCUUAAGAAGGGAUCCGAUCUCUCACAAAGGAAAAGGAAAAGGAAAAACUAAGGGUAUAAGGACAAUCACACACGAAGAUCGAUAGCUUUAAGGAAUACAUAUAUUUGGGACAUGUAAUCAAGGUCUAACCGAGCCAACACGUCUCUCACCGGCACCAUGGGCUGCCUUCCUCGGGCCCGAAGGGUGACUACUAAAUUCGAUCUGGCGACAAGAUACAGCUCGCACGACCAAACAACGUGCUCGAUGUCGUGGUUACCUUGGCCACAAACACAAAGAUUGUUGUCGGCAAGAUUAAUACGAAAGAGUAGCGCAUCUAACGAACAGUGAUUGGACAUGAGUCGGGAGAAGGGGCGAAUAAAGUCCCGACUCAAGUUCAGACUUUUGAACCAUGGUUUGAAGCUAACCUUAGGGAUAAUCGAGUGGAGCCACCGGCCCAAUUCAUCUUCGUUCCAUUUGCGUUGCCAGUUAACUAUGGUAUUUUUGCGGAAUAAAGAAUAAAAUUCAUUGAAGGCGAUUUGACGCUGAUAAAUAUCGCCUUCAAUUGCACCUACCUUUGCUAAUGAGUCAGCCCUCUCAUUACCCAGAAUUGAGCAAUGUGAAGGGACCCAGACAAGGGUAAUGACAUAACAGCGUCUGGAUAAAGCACUCAACAUUUCUCGUAUUCUCUCAAGGAAGUACGGCGAGUGCUUUUCCGGCCUCACUGAACGGAUAGCUUCGACAGAGCUAAGACUAUCCGUUACAAUGUAAUAGUGUUCAACAGGUCGUGAGGCGACGCUGUCCAGCGCCCAGUGUAUCGCUGCCAAUUCAGCAAUAUACACUGAGCAAGGAUACUGAAGACUGUGAGGUGCUAAAAAAUUCGUUGAACACUCCAAAUCCUGUGGACUCAUUCAUAGAGGAUCAGUAAAGUACAUAUUAGGCGAUAACUAUGAUUCAUAUCAUGUCAUGAUAAAUCACACAAACUAUUGUUUUCACAUAUUUUGAAAUGACCUUAGUCUUCAAAACGAAAAUAUGUCUUCACAUCUGGCAUCUAUAUUAUGUGCUCAGAGAAUGUAGGAAAAAAAAAAGAGCACGGACUGGAGAAUUAAUGCACGAAUAUUGCACGGUUUCUUCUCUUCGCUGGUGGGCAUGAAGUGAAUUGAUUGAAGGAAUCUCUGUAAACAAGUCAUUGCAUCAGUCUUUCGGAUGGAAAUAAUUAACUGCUACGUUUGGUGUAGCUUUCUCGACUGUGCGGCCCAAGUGCCGCACUUUUGGUUUUAUUCAAUUGUCUUAUUUUCUAUGUACCUAGCUCUUUUACAUAUAAUAAUUUCUAGGCGUGGUCAGACGCACUCUAAAGAAAACCAUGUGCGGAACAUCUCUUCCGUAUGCCAGAAUUAAUAACAAGGAAGACCGGCACCCAGCGGGGUUCUUGCACAUGUGUUUACUAUUCGUGGCCUUGCCGAGGCUAGCGGCAAAGCGGAAAGAAAGCAAAUGUACAAUCACGCUUGGUUCGCAUCGAGUUACGCAACCAUAAAUAAUAAACAGACCCUUGGCCCAGUAAAGAGGCUUGUAGUCGAAUAAUACUUAUGCUUGCGUUGCUCGGCGUCUUCGUGGGGGAUUUAUUGCCUUAGGGGCAUUGAACAAUUUAGAAUUUUGUUUAUUAUCGCGCGAGUGG